AUGUCUUUCCAAAAGCAGUACGCUACGCUGAAUGACGGCAACAAAAUUCCCCUCAUUGGCCUGGGCACCUGGCAGUCCCAGCCGGGUGAGGUCGAGGCGGCUGUGAAGUACGCCGUCAAGAUCGGCUACCGUCACUUGGACCUCGCCAAGGUCUAUGGCAACCAGCACGAGGUCGGUGCUGCUCUUCAGCAACUCGUUCCGUCGGUUGUGAAGCGCGAGGAUCUCUUCAUUACCUCGAAGCUGUGGAACAAUGCGCACAGGCCAGAGGACGUGGAGCCGACGCUGGACAAUACGCUCAUUGAGCUCGGCGUGGAGUACCUCGACCUCUACUUGAUGCACUGGCCGGUGGGCUUUGACGCUCCUCCUGGCCAAUUGCGCGCAGCCAAAGACGGCAGGGUCCAGCUCAACCUCGAGACUUCGGUGGUCGACACCUGGAAGGCGCUCAUUGCGCUCAAGAAGACAGGCAAGGUCAAGUCGAUCGGUGUCUCCAACUUCCGGACCGACGUCGUCGACGCGAUCAUCAAGGCGACAGGUGUCGCUCCUGCCGUGAACCAGAUUGAGGCGCACCCUCUCCUUCCUCAGGACGAUCUCGUGAAGCACCACAAGGAGCACAACAUCCACAUUACGGCCUACGCGCCGCUUGGCAACAACCCCAGCGGAAAGACCAAGGUUGUGGACUACCCCCAGGUGACCGAGAUCGCAAAGAAGCGCAGUGCCGACCCCGGCCAGGUGCUUCUUGCCUGGGGCGUGCACCGCGGCUACUCGGUAAUCCCCAAGAGCGUGACGCCUGUGCGCAUCGAGAGCAACUUUAAGCAGAUUGAGCUUACGGACGAAGAGUACAAGGCCAUCUCUGACAUCAUUCAGUCGAGCGGUGGCCAUGUGCGCUUUUUUACGCCGUACGGCACCUUCAACCCCCUGUGGGACAUUAAUGUCUUUAACGAGGAGGCGGAGAAGGCGGCUACGCACCAAAUCAAGAUUGAGUAG